GACAACACAGCGCAAUCGCAUGUGACGAAUUUGAGUGGUGUUUUGGAUAACUUGACCAAAUUGCUUUGUAUGCUCGUAUCACAAAGUUUCAUAGUUGCCAUUCAGCCCGAACCGGUGCUCAAAACGCAGCAUAAAUUUAUCGCAGAAGUACGCUUGCUAAUCGGUGACAAAUUGGGUAUAAAGCAGCACUUAGUGAACACAAACGUUACGGUGAAAAUAAUCGCUGAAGAAGAGGCGCGCAUGUUGAGUACAGCACAACUCACCGAGAAAGAUAUAAAGCCAGUCGGUUCGAUCAGUAAUGAUUUUGAGAAGCUCACAACAGACGAUAAAGGUCACAUGUCAGCUAAAUUCAAUAAUUCGGUGAGUGAAGUGAACAAUUUCAGUUCUCUGAAUUCUCCCAAUCAUUAG